AAACCAACCCUAUGUGUUCAAACUAAUAAUUCACUUGUUGGUUGGAAUGCACGUAAGACAUCGACAAGUUUUCCUAAAUAAUCUUAUGUUUAAGAGAAGUUCAUCGACCACUUGAGACAAACCAUGUUAGACUCUUUAUUAAAGCUUUAUUUUUCUUACUUACUCGCUCCAACUAAAAAAACGCUUUCUCUCUCUAGAAGCAAAGUACUCACUCACUCCAUCAAGUCAUCAACAACCUUCUCCUCCUCGAAUCUCCCACUUUCACAUACAGACAGAUACGGAGAGGAGGGAGAGUGUGUGUGCGCGCGUCACCAGUUUUCAGUUACUGGAUUGAUUGAUUGAUUCAUUCAAAGCAUCUUUUUUCUCGGUUCCGCUGAUGUUUGUUGAUAAUGUGAUGUGAUGACUGAGUGAGUGAUUCCUUCUCCUUGUUGCAUAGUCAUGGCUUCCGAUUCGUCCUCCCAAGGUGUUGCUCUUGAUCCUUCGAAAUUUAGUAAAAUGAGUAUGGAGAGAAAAAGAGAGCUUGUAUAUGAAAUAUCUAAAGUGUCUCGUGAUGGUGCAUCUGAGAUGCUGCAGUCGUGUAGCCGUCAAGAGAUUUUGCAAAUAUUGUGUGCUGAGAUGGGAAAAGAAAGGAAGUAUACUGGCCUGACAAAGGUGAAAAUUAUUGAAAAUCUUCUAAAAAUUGUUUCCGAAAAGAAUUCAAGUGGACAUGAUAUUGCCACCGACCUUGAACCACAUUCUUUUCCUGCAAACAGUCAGAAACCGGCUAAAAGGCAGAGAAAAACUGAGAAUCCAUCUCGGUUAGCUAUUCCGGCAAACAAUGUUUUAGUCAAUAAUGGUGACGAUGCGAGUAAUAAUACUACAUACUGCAAAAACUCAGCAUGCAAGGCUACCCUAAAUCAAGCAGAUGCAUUUUGCAAAAGAUGUUCAUGUUGUAUUUGUCAUCAAUAUGAUGACAACAAAGACCCUAGUCUGUGGUUAAUAUGCAGCUCUGAAGCUCCAUUUCCCGGUGUUUCCUGUGGCUUGUCAUGCCACCUUGAGUGUGCUUUAAAACAUGCUGGUUCUGGAAUUGGCAAAGACGGUGAACAUCCCAAACUUGAUGGAGGCUUCUACUGUGUCUCAUGUGGGAAAGUAAAUGAUUUACUCGGAUGCUGGAGAAAACAACUGAUGGUAGCAAAGGAUGCUAGACGUGUGGACAUACUAUGCUAUCGUGUCUCCUUAAGUCAAAAACUUUUGCAAGGGACUGAAAUGUAUGGAGAACUUUAUGAAAUUGUUGAUCAAGCAGUGAAGAAACUUGAACCGGAGGUGGGUCCACUGACUGGCUCACCACUGAAGAUUGGUAGGGGGAUUGUGAACAGGCUUUCUUCAGGACCUGAGGUUCAGAAACUUUGUGGUGUUGCUCUUGAAUCACUUGAUUCAAUGCUUUCUAAAAGGAUCUUGCCUCCGACGCCCAAUCCAACUAUUCAAGUUUCAGAUGGAAGUUUACUAGGGCCAAAUAUGGUGAGGUUUGAAGAUGUCACUGCAACAUCCCUCACUGUUAUUUUGUGUUUGGAAGAUCCUUCUGGAGAAAAUAAUGGUGGUUACGCCGUGUGGCAUCGCAAGGCUGAUGAUGCGAACUAUCCAUUGGACCCAACUUGCAUGAAUCUCCUACCAAAUAGAAGACUCGACAUCAGGGAUUUACUUCCAGCUACAGAAUACAGUUUCAAAGUUGUUUCCAAUGAUUUGAGGAAGUCAGGUAUCUGCGAAGUUCAAGUCUCAACAGAGCAUGGUGAGGAUGAAGUCCCAAAUUGUUCAGCAACGGAAAGAAGUCAGAGCCCAGUAACCAACUGUAGCAGUCUUUCCAAUCCAUCAUCAGUGGAAGAUGAAACUAAUCAUAGCGACCAGACCGACAAUCGAUCAGAUAAUUAUCCUAUUUAUCACAAGGAUAGCAACCAGCUUGCUUCUGAAAAUUUAUCUAAUGAUGCUAUUAACUGUUCCAAUUUGGGCGGAGUGGGACGUCCAACUGAUGCAGAUUCCUUGUCAGACAAGCAGGUUGCUGUAGGAAUGACCGGCACUAUACCUAGUUCUGAUGCACUAAAGCUUGAAAACAAGCAUUCGGGAGAGGAACAAGUAACCGAGGACAUGAGCACCGAUGAUGGGUCAGUUCCAACAGGAAGGGAAUGUGUUCCGUUAGCAGGUACCUCAAAAGGGGGAUUGCCUAAUACUCCCGGCAGGUUGGAAUUACUUAAAGAUGGCCCGGGAAGAAAAGGUAGAUCUAAAUUAAGUGGCAAAGAUCUAGAAAAUGGAUCUGGGAAAAGGGGUGGUCCUCGAGAUGGAAGCACAUCCAAGAAGAGAAGUGGUGAAAGGCAAGGCGAAGGCUGUGAGGGAAAUGGUUUUCCGGAUCGGGAUUUCGAAUAUUAUGUGAAGGUGAUUAGAUGGUUAGAGUGUGAAGGACACAUAGAAAAGAACUUCAGACAGAAAUUUCUGACUUGGUACAGCUUAAGAGCAACCCCUGAAGAAAUAAGGAUUGUGAAAAUAUAUGUAGAUACAUUUCAUGAAGAUCCGGCUUCUCUUGCUGAGCAACUUGUGGACACCUUCUCAGAUUGUGUAUCAAACAAGAGAUCAUCGGUUCCUGCAGGGUUCUGCAUGAAGCUUUGGCAUUGACCAGAUUUUGUAGGUCCGGCUACUAGCCUUGAAGCUUGAAGCUCUCUUGGGUUGUGAUGAAGUAAUUCUUUAGGUUUAUAAUAGUCUUCAUUUAGAUUGUCAUCAAUUAUAUUAAUUUCAACAUCGUCAUUCAUAUUUUAGAUUUACUUAAAUUAUACAAUUAUUACUAUUUCAAAUUGAUAAAUUAUCAGUGGAUGACAUUGAAGGGUUUUAUGCUGAACAUGGUCAAAAUAGACAAUAAUGUUCUUUUAAUGUUAAUGGAUUUGUCCAUAAA